AAGACAAGCAAGUCUUCGCCCCCACAAACACCUUCACACGAGUAUUCUGGUGUCCAAAGGUGCGAGAACUAAGACUGCCUGAUUUGAAGAGCCCCAAUCAAAGCUAGUUACAUCACCAGUCUUGGCAGCACAGCUAAAGGUCGAAGGUCAAACAAGUUGCCAUGGCAGAGGUCAUCCAGUCCACAGGGGGCGUGAUGGAGGUCCUAUCAGAGGCCCAGUCCAGCAGUGCCAUCAGGGAGAGCUUCUCUGAGGUGAAGUCCUCAGCAAGCGUCUCACAGCACUUUUCUGAAGUCCAAAUGACCUCGUCUUCAUCCUCAUCCUCUUCAGCAAUGUCUUCCUCCACCUCCUCAUCCUCCUCCACGGUCACCAAAGUCCGCAGAAUUUCCCAGACAUCCAGAGGCGUUGAUGGCGCAGAGCGGACAGUGGUCCAAAGAAAGACGUCUGCCAUUGUAGAGUCUUACAGCCAGGUGCAGAAAUCCUCUACGAUCCCUCCAGCGGAGUCCAUGCCAGACUUUGAGCUGAAGCCUCGUCCAAUCACUGCUCAGGAGGGAGACAAGGUGUCUUUUAAAGUGAAGGUGAUAGGGAAGCCGAAGCCAACAGUGGCGUGGGUGAGAGAGAGCGGCAAGCCUCUAUCAGAGGGCACAACGACUUACUUUGACACCAUCAAUAAGCAGCAUGUUUUAAAGAUCAAACCCUUGUCUCUGGAGGAUGCUGAUGUCUACAAAUGCGUCGCCUCCAAUGAUCAUGGAGACGCCGUGUACGCCGUGUCCCUGGUGGUGACUGAGAGUAAGCAAGAAUCCAUGGACUUCAAGAAGAUGCUGAAGAAACGGAAUGUGCAGACCCUGAGGAGAGAGGAGAGGAGGCCUCCCACGGAGGAGGAGAUGCUGAAGAUCCUGGCGGGAGCCGACAAGAAGGACUACGAGCGCAUCUGUGCUGAGCAUGGCUUCACGGACUUCAGGGGCAUCCUGAAGAAGCUGAAGGAGCUGAAGAGGAGAGAGGAUGUGGAGAUGGUCAAGAUCCUGAAACCCUUGCAAGAUGUUACAGCAAAGGCUGACUCCAAUGUCAUUUUUGAAACCAUGAUGGAACUGAAAGACCCAAACAUCAAGAUGCGCUGGUUUAAGGACGGAGAGUUGCUGCGGGUCCAGUACUCCCUGGGGAAGUACGAAGUGAAGCAGCUGGGUACCAAGCACAUGCUGUGCAUCGCCAGCGUGAGCCUCAAAGACACGGGCACCUACUCACUGCAGGUCGGGGACAAGGCCCUCAACGCCAAGCUCACCGUCAUAGACGAGCCUUUGAAGUUUGUGUCGGACCUGAAGCCCAUGCGCGUCACCGAGCGGCAGACAGCCACGUUCGAGGUGCGCCUCUCCAAGAAGACCGACGUGCCGUUAGUGUGGAAGUGCAAGGACAAGGAGCUGAAGAGGGAUGAGAAGUACGACAUGUCCGUGUCCGAGGACGGCUUGACCUACACACUGAGGGUCAAGGAUGUCCGUCCAAGCAACACAGGAGACUACACCCUGAGCCUGGGCGACCUGACAGCCACUGCACCCCUCUUCAUUGAAAGGAUUCCCAUUAAGUUUGCGUGUCACCUGAAGAACGUUCGUGUGAAGGAGAAAGGCAAAGCACGCAUGGAGUGUGAGAUGAGCUCGAAGGACGUCCACAUCAAAUGGCUAAUGGACGGCCGUGACAUCACCGACAACCCACGCUACAUCUUCGUGCGCGAAGGCAAGCACGCCGAGCUGAUCGUCGAGGACUGUGACCUGGCGGACGGCGGCGAGUACAGCAUCGUGUGCACGCAGGACAACGAUGCCCAGGAGUACGUCAGCUCCGCCAACCUCACUGUCGACGAGAGGUUUGCCUCAGUGACAAGCGGCCUGUCGGACCUGCAGUGUCCCACGGGUUCAGGGGCCGAGCUGUGUGUGGUUCUGAACGAUGAGAAGGUGGAUGGAAUUUGGCUUAAGGAUGGGAAAAAGGUGUCGGAGCUGAGCGGGGUGCAGGUGGUCAAGCAGGGCGCCGUGCACAAGCUGCUCUUCAGCGGCGUGGGGGACGAGCACGAGGGCAAAUACACCUUCAGGGCCAAUGGGGCUGACAGCGAGGCUGUGCUGGCCAUCGCAGAUCCUCCAGUCAUCGACACCACCAUGCUGGAGGUGCUGUCCAGCCAGCCAGUGACAGUGAAGGCCGGGCAGACGGCCACCAUCAAGAUCCCCUUCCGGGGCAAGCCGGCGCCACGCGUCAGCUGGUACAAGGACGGCAUCGAGGUAACGGAGGAUGCCCGUACGACGGUGGAGCGUGGUGCUGACCAGAGCACGCUCACGCUGAGCCACUGCGUCAGGGAGGACAGCGGCGCGGUCAUGCUCAAGCUGAAGAGCGACUGCGGCACGGCCGUCGCCAACCUGCACCUCAACGUGGUGGACCACCCAAAGCCUCCCCAGAAAGUGGACAUCCUGGAGAACUCGGCCAAGUGCGUCACUCUGAAGUGGAAGGCCCCGCGAGACAAUGGGGGCAUGCCGGUCACGGGCUUCGUGAUCGAGAGGCGCCCGGCGGGCAAGAACUCCUGGAACAAGGUGGGCGAGGUGGACAGCCGCACCACCAGCUUCUGCAACGACAAGGUGGAGGAGGGCAAGGCUUACCAGUACCGCAUCCGGGCGCUCAACUCCCAGGGCAUGAGCGAGCCUCUUCUAACUGAUGAGGUGUCUGCUGGGUCGCCUAUCGGUGAGAGAGACAGAAAACCCCCUGGCAUGGCCUCUCAGCCUCAGAUUGCAGAUGUGACCAAGGAGGUCGUCACGGUGACCUGGGCCCCGCCCAGUCAGGACGGCGGAGCAGCGGUCCUGGGCUACAUGGUGGAGAGGAGAAAGAAGGGGGGCAGCAUGUGGAUCCCCGUCAACAAGGAGCUGAUCCAGGACACCAAGUGCACGGCAGACGGUCUGAUCGAGGGGACGGAGUAUGAGUUCAGAGUGACCGCUGUAAAUAGAGCAGGACCUGGGACCCCCAGCACUGCCACCAACCCAGUGCUGGCCAAGGACCCCAUCCGCGUCCCUGGCCUGGUGAGAGGCCUGCAAGUGACCGACUCCGCCACCUCCUCCAUCUCUUUGGCCUGGUCCCCGCCCGAGCUGGGUGACGCCCCCUCCGGCUACAUUCUGGAGCUGCGCUCGGACGACGCCAAGGAGUGGACCAAGUGCACCAAGAUCCCCAUCGUGGGCACGAGCUACUGCGUGGGCGGCCUGCAGGAGCGCAUGAAGUACUUUCUUCGGGCCAGGGCGGGCGCCAACCAGGGGAGUCCUCGCCUGCCCCCCACCAUGGAGCAGCAUGCCCCACCAGAGUCCUGCCAACACACCCACCAGUAUCCACUAGGCCAUCUUGAGAGUACAUCUGACUUGUUGUUGUUGUUGUCAUCACCGUCAGCUCCUCCCAGGUUUGAUCUGCAGGGGAAGGUGAAGCACCAUAUUGAGCUGAGGGCAGGAGCUUCUCUCUGUAUCCCCGUCACCUUCACAGGGUCACCCCCUCCUGAGGUCACCUGGCUGAAGGACGGCGUCCCCACCAGUGGCCGAGAGGUCAUCACCAAGAGCAACAAGCACUCGCAGUUCCUCAUAACCUCGUCCCGCCGCUCCGACUGGCCAUGCCUACCGCUAUAACCCUGCACGAAAGCACGGAGAGAGGUCAACUACGACAUCAACGUCCAGGUCAAAGAUUUCCCGCGGCCUCCGCGGAACCUGCACCUGCUGGAGGAGGUUCCGAGCACGGUCACCCUGCUGUGGGAGCACACGCCGGACCUGGCCGAGGACCCCGAGGCCCACUACAUCAUCCAGAAGCGCGACGCCAGCACGGCCACCUGGUUCACCGCUGCCGAGCGCGUCUACAGCAACAAGUACACCGUCACUGGCCUGCUGCCCGGGCGCAAGUACUAUUUCCGGGUCAUCGCACACAACAGCAUUGGAGACAGUGACCCUCUCGACUCGAAGGAACCUUUCAGUAUUGCCAAAGAGAAAGAGCCCUUCAGCUUGCACAGGAAGCCCUACGUGGCCAGGGAGCGCGCCACCAAGCCCGCCUUUGUGCUGCCGCUCAGGGACCACGCAGCGUGCCGCGGCCACGACUGCACCAUGAGCUGUGCCUUCACGGGAAGCCCGGCGCCCACCGCCGCCUGGUACCGCGGCGACGUGAAGGUGUCGGACGGGCCGCGCCUGUGGCAGAACACGAGAGACGGCGUGUGCACGCUCACCAUCCCCGCCUGCACGGCCAAGGACAGCGGCGAGUAUGUGCUGGUGCUGGAGAACCCGCUGGGGGAGGUCAAGUGCAAGUGCAACCUGGUCAUCUUUGAUAAGGAUGACAAGAGUCUGCUGGAAAGUCUGACAGAAAGUUCUGGAAAAGCAAAGCACAUCAUGUAAGGAUAUUCAUCCUGUUUAUAAUGUCCUGGUGAUCCUCCAUAAUCACUCAUGUUUGUUUGUGGUUUCAGAUUAAAACCUGUUAUGACGCUAGUAUAAAUAUAGUUGGUUCUCAAUGUAAUUGGAUCUUUGGUCCUUUUAAUGUAAAACCAACUGAUUUUGUUGUAAAACCAUGAAAUAAAAUUUGUACUGGAAAUGUAUAGCGGAACUGCAGAACCUUGGUCUAUGUCAACAUGUGUGAGUGGGCCUUUAGCUCAUUUAAAUAAAAGAUAAAGUAGUGUCAGUCAAUUCAUA